UUGAAAUGGAUGUGCUGGGAAACUUGGAAGUUCGGUGGGUGCAAGGAUUCAACAAUGGCACAUUUAGAUUUGUCGACAAGAAAACAACAUGCUACACCUGCGGGAAUUUCAUUGUUUUCCUCAAUGUGGAAACUACGAGGAACACUCUGCAGAGUCCUGCUUCUGGAAUUGGGGAGAGCGGCAUUCCCCUUUGUAGCAAUCAACUUUUGGGAGAGGAUGUCACAGCAUUGUUUUUUAACCCUAUGAACUGGUGUCAAAUUUGUGCUGUAAAUUUGAGGUCCCUUACCAUCUGGAAUGUUGAAAGAUGUGACAACUAUCAUUUGAUGAAACCUAGUGCUGUCAAUCUCCCUGCCACUGAUGGUUCAGUUAUUGAGUGUGAAACAAACCUGUCUUGUAUGCUCAGUGGGAAGCUGACUCACUUAGGUCCUCAGAUGCUCAUUUCAGCAAUCGCUGGACUGAGUGGAGACAGAGCUGACAAUUUUGUGCCUUUGAAACAAAUAAAACCAAAACUGUGUCCAAGUGCCAUCUGCUGGUCAAAUUCUUCUGACCUAUAUGUUGGUUCCAAGGAAGGUUUCCUGCUUUGUGUGAAUCCUGACACUUUGCUUGUCUCUGUCUUAUAUAAACCUCAAACUGAAUUAACCCCCACAGAUGACAGUGAAACAUCCCUGCAGGAAGGCAGCUUCCAGAGCUUAGUACUGCAAGACUGUACUUUUUUUGCUGCGGGAAUGGAAGGCAUUUUACGAAACAUACAAAUUAAAGGAAACAAAUUGGAGGUGGUGCAGGCUUGGGCUUUGGAUGAUGCAGCCUCGAGUAUAUGCUGUUCCCCUGACGGUGAGACACUGCUGAUAGUUUCUAAUACAGGCUGUGUUUACAAAUUCAAACCACUGCUGAAUGGUAAAGUUGUCAAAGUUCUGGAUGUACUCUGUGGAGAUUUUGUGGCUGUUGCUCCAUUAUACACUGGCAGAAGCAUUUGUUUGUCAGUCAGAGAAACAGGAGACGUACAGCUGUGGGCUCUGGAUGAUGGACUUUGCAUGGGCUCCAUCUUUCUGCAGACUCAGGUGACCAGUAUGGCAUGCUGCCCCAUAGCACAGUAUGUUGUUGUAGGGACAGCCACUGGAGACGUCCUGUUUGUGAAGAUGACCACAAAACAAAAGCCCAGACUAGUUCACAGAGUUCAUCUCUACCAUGUCCCUGUAGACCAUUUGGUGUUUGAUCAAGGUGGUAACUUCUUAUUCACAGGAGCAUCAGACUCACGCAUGUUUGUGCUUAGCGCAAGACCAUCAGAAGGAUUUGAAAUUAUUGGAUGGAUUGAGGCUCCAGGUACCAUUGUAAGCCUUUCUACUCUGUACCACAAGGAAAGUAAACAGAGUGGAGAAAAGCCCUCAAAUGCACAGAAAGCAGUUCACUUGAUACUAGAGAAGGAGGCAGGGGGCCAUUUUCUGAGUCCUGCUUUUCUGCAGUUCUCCCCACAUCAAACCUGGCUGGCUACAGUUGGUGGGGAUGGACUGCUGCGCAUCUUGGUGGUGCUAUGCAGCAAGACAGAGAGAGAAAUCAAUGAGGGAAAUGUGCUUCUGCUAAUGACGUUGUUUGUGCAGCAGCUUACAGACUCAAAAGAUUGUGUGGAUGUCUAUGGCCGUCUGUGUAAAGACGUCCUGCACAGCUGCCUAUAUGAGAUCCCUCAUGCUCUCUGCUCUUGUGUCCUGGGCAUAAACAAGAUAUUUGGUUACUGCCAACAGAGAAAAGUCUUGCAAAGAUUCAGUAUCCCCGAGAGUGGAGAAAAGCCCUCAAAUGCACAGAAAGCAGUUCACUUGAUACUAGAGAAGGAGGCAGGGGGCCAUUUUCUGAGUCCUGCUUUUCUGCAGUUCUCCCCACAUCAAACCUGGCUGGCUACAGUUGGUGGGGAUGGACUGCUGCGCAUCUGUGAGAUCUCAACAAUGGACAGGUAUGUACAGCUGCAGUGCCACUCAAGUUGGCAGGGUGGAGUCGGAUCUGUUUGUUUCACCCCAGACAAUCAGACCCUCAUCACCGCGGGCCUGAGGGAUGGCUCACUCGUCUGCAGCAGGCUCAGGCUUUCUGGGGCUGGCAAAGCAAAUGCAGCCACCCAGUAUGCUCAGUCAGUUGCUGAUUCUUUUGAGUCAGUUGUAUCCUCAGAAAACACUGUCCUCACCAGAAAGAAUGACUGGGAUCCACAGAUGCAAUCGCUGACCAGAUGUUCCUCAUUUCAUACAGGAGAAGUCUUCCUGCAGGGAAAGAUGAGUCAUGAAGCUGAACAAGAGGAAAACUAUUUUGUGUCUCCAACUAGUUCUACAUGGCUUGACGGAAAACUAGAUGCGGUUCUCCAAGAGGAGACCCAGCAGUAUGCAGAGACAAAGAAGAACCUAAGAAAAAACAUCAAAGUUCUUCGUGACACAAUCAAAGCAAUGAUGGAGGAGAAUGAGAGUCUGCCAGACAUGGAGAAACUUGAGCACCAGGUUAACCUGGUUGUGGAAGAGCAACAGAGGCUGCAGCUCGAGGGAAAACAGGAAGUUACCAGGGUGAGGAAAGAGAUUGAGAUGGAGAAUCUGGCUAAGUGCUAUCAGAGGGAGAUCCUGAAGAAAGAAUGCUGGGAUUCCAUGCAAGUCAAAGGGAAAUCCAUUAAGGCCUUUCAUUCAGAAAAUGAGGUGAAGAACUACCCCAUGAAGAAACGCACUGAAAAGGAACUUGAGGAGCUUCAGAGGGUUGAGACCAUGAGGCAGAUUGAACAGGAAGAUUCACAAAUAAGUCUUCAAGAGAUGAUUUUAAACACAAUCUCUGGAGACAAAGAGGAAGAGGAGGCAGAGGACAGUAAGACAGGGAGUCCUGCUCUGACUGGCAGUCUGAGUGCUCUAUAUGGAGGCGUCAAUCCUUAUCUCUACAGCCAGUUCAAUUUACACAUCAGAGAGCAGAAAAUCAACCAAAUCACCUUGCUAAAGGACGCUAUCUACAAAGUGAAGAGUACAUUCAACAAAGAAUUUGAGGCAGUUUACAAGCAGAAGGAACAGGAAAUCAACCGUCUUAAGGAGAAGAAAAAGCGUAUCUCUGAGAUUAUGAUGGAGCUAGAUGUCAGUGAGACCCUGUGGGAGCCUAAUCUGACAGAUAAUGAGUGUCCUGAGAGAGCUCUUACUGUGACCGAAUCAGAGCUAACACAGGCAAUCAAGGUUGAGAAAUACCUCACCCCUGAGCAGAAAGAAAAAGAAGAAAAGCUAAGAGACGAAGAUGAACGGCAAAGGCUUGCCGCCAAGUCUGACAACAUGAGAGAUCAAGCACUCAGUGUUAUGAUGGGUGGAGUUCUGGAACUUAAAAAAGAGGACAUGCUGAGGAUGGAAGUACCUCAGCCCGAGUUCAUGUCUAAACCUGAGGUACAAUGGACAGAAGAAGAGAGAAAGAGCUUCAAAGAGUUUGAAAAAAAGCAAAGGGAUAACUAACAGGGAUAGUUCAUCCAAAAUUCUACACUAGAGACAGAAAUGAAGAAACUGCUGACAUCUAUCAAAGAGGCUACCCAGAUGUUUGAUGAAAAACUCACAAAGCUGUUUGAAAGGAAGGUGAAAUCAGAGAUGGUCAUAUACCAAGAGGAGCUCAAGAUUGCUAACCUGGUUCACUCCAUUCAAAUCGAAGAAGAGAUCCUAAGCAGAGAGAAACAGUUGAGCCUUAAACUUGAAAAGGCACGAAUUGUAAAGAAUGAAAUGGGGGAGGAAUUGAAAAAACACAAGGAGAUUGUUGAUGAGUCUAGAGAGGAGUAUGAUAACACAGUCGCUGAGGACAAACUUCUUGACAAAGGUUUCCGCAAAGAAUUUGACGUCCCUGGACACAUAAUUGACCAGCUCUAUAAGCUUUACAAACGCAGACCAAGGGUUCAGAGGAUGAAAACACAGACUGAAAAUAACCUGUUCAAAGAGGGGGCACUAUUAGGAACAGCACCAUCUGAUGGACUCUCUCUGAUGAUGAAGGCCAUGGAAGAGUUGGACACACCAGAGAACAUGCCGGAAGGAUUAGAUCCAGUUGUGUGGGAGAGGUUUUGCCUGGCUAGACGGGCCAAAGUGGAAAGUAAACAAAAGGCCAAACUAAAGGCAUUGACCCUGGCAGAGAUGCAGGCUUUUCUUCUGAGGAGAACAGACGAGGACGAGAAAGCUCAACUUGAAAUAAAAAAUCUCAUUAAUGAACUUAAUAGCCUCUGUGAAGACAAGAUGAGGUUUCGACUAGACAGUAUGGUGCAGAUCGUUCUACAGCAAGGUCAGGUGGAAGUGGAGGCUGGAGACUUCAUCGCUGACUAUACAGAUGCUUUGCUAAUCCAUCACAAAGUAACUGAGGACCUCAACAGCACCAUCAGGGCUUUAGGAGAUCAGAAGAUCGCCAGCAUGGUGGAGUGUAAAGACUUCCGCAAAGGAAUCAUACAGCAGGAGUGGCAUCACAGGAGAAUGAGAAUGCAGCUGGAGGAUCUCAGUAAUAAAACCAGAGACAUACAGACCCUGCGCAUCGCAAUAUUGGUUGAAAUAAUCUUCAUUCAUUUACACCUAAAUGAAACAAAUAAUGACAACAGGGUGUCAAAGCAGCUCGCAGCUCUGGAGACGACCAUAGAUUUACAGAAAACGACUCAGCAAAAGAAAUUUGAGACUUUCAAGAAACAGGUAAAGCACCUGGACAGACAAGGUGUGCAAAUGCAAGAGAAGAACGCAGCCCUCGACUUGAAAGUGGCUGACAUGGAGAUAACUGUCGCAGAGAGAAGAAAUAUUUACGAGGCUGUUGCAAUGGGAGAUAACCAAGACACAGACGCAGAGAAGAACUACCCAGAUAUCAUCUUAAGAAAGAAGCUGUUGAACACAGUCAGAGCACAAUCUGACGAGAUACUCAUACUGAGAGCGGAGGCUGAGAAACUGCGUAUGAAGAACUUCCCAUCUCUUUCUCAACUACACAACUGAUUUAGGAUAC